AUGCGAUGCAUAAGAUUUUUGGGCUUCCCAUCUAACCACUUCUUAUAUUUUGUUAGUGAGCAUAUACAGAUUUCUGGUUUUUAUGGGAUUAAACGUGCUUAUGUGCGGCACAUGCUCAGGGACAUAUCUUGCCUUGAAAAAGAUUUGGACAUGAGGCUGGAUCUAUGCACCAGAAGACAUGUUACUACACUUACUGAUGAUGAACUGCAAGGCAUUAAGGAAUUGAUUGAUUCAGCUAUUUUAGAUAGAGAAGUUAACGGUGGACUGAGAUGGCCCUUGGGGAACGCAGUUUCUGGAGAUAAAAUUCGUGUGACUGCAGUCUGGCAUGUAUUAAGUAAAAAAUACAAAAAUCCAUCACUAAAGCUGAAAAUAAAAAAUGUUGAUCGGUAUAAAUUUUUAUCAUCAACUGAGGAACCUAGAAGGGAGGUUGUUAUAAUGCUAAAAGGAGUAGCUUCAGAAUUAAUGGUAUAUAUCUCUUUUGUGGUUAACAUAAAUAGUUUGAAUCCUGCUGAACAUUGAAUAUAGU